GUCUUCUUCAAGAUGAUACUGAAUGAGAUACCUUUAUUAUGGAAUAAUCAUAAAAUUGCAUUGUGUGAAGAUAUUUUAUAUCAAGCUUAUGUGCAAUUACAAGAUCUUGAAGAUACAAAUGAUAUUCCUGCUACAAUUAAAAAUGAAGCUCUUACUCAAUUAGAAAAUAUAUUUUUACUAAAUGGAAAAUCUUUAAAAAAUUUUCCUGAUAUGCCAAUUCCCUCUAUUACUUCAAAUAUUAGUAAUAAUGAAGAAAAAUUAAAUCAUUUAAUACGUGAAGAGAGAUCUUACAAUAUAACAGACUUAGAAGCUGAAUCACAAUGCAAUAUACCUUUAUUAAAUAAUGAUCAAUGUGCAAUAUUUGAUGCUGUUAUAAGAGCAAUUGACAAUGAAGAAGAAGAAUACUCUACAGAUUCAGCAAAUAAUAAAAAUAUUUAUCUAUACUCACCUGAAUUUUUAAGAUUUUUAAAAAUCUCUGGUCUUCCUCCUGGUGAAUUAAA